UUAGACAAGGAAGCAACAGCGGAGGCCUUUUCCCUCCUUGACAAUGUUAUCAGGGAAAGGUGAAAGACACGACCACUCAGGCAAUUUGCAUUGAACAAGAGAUAAAGAAAUGACACUACAUUUUGAUUCGAUGAGGUAAAUACUAUAAAAGGGUUCUGAAAGUCAGUGGUUUUGUUAGUGCGUAUCUGGAGAAGUCAGUUAUAGCACGGUAGUGAGAGGUGAAAUUAUGGACCAGGUAGUUUUACAAUAUUAUUAUUAUUAUUUCUGCGGUAGGUCUCUCUUCAUUACAAGGAUAAAAAAAAAAUCAUCUCCUCACGAAUUUUUUUUUCAAUCAUGGAUUAAAGAAAACAACGAUCACAAAUCAGUAAAAGAAUGUUCGUCGACUGACGAGAUAAUGAUACUGGGGCCUUCAGAUAAAAACUGGAUAAUAUACUUGAAACAAAUAGGCUGCACUCCAUGCUGACAUCGGAAUUAGAAGUGAACUAUAUUCAAAUCGAUGCUUUAUCUGCUGACCGAUUUUCAGUUGGGUUCAUCUCAAGCCUUUCCUUCCAUUACCAUUGCCCAGACAGAAUACUAUUCAACCUGAGAUGGGGAAGCUUGUGUGUUUUGCUCGUUUACUUCUCUCUUGGUGUGUGCUGACAGUGUUCAUCCUGGGCUCUGGUGACUCUUUGGUUGGAUCGUCUCUCUCGAAAGCGGCUGGAGAUCAGGACGUCGAAGAUGUCUCGUUGGGUCAAGCAAAUGUCGCUCCAGCGGAGAAUUCCGAACGACUAAGCCACGGCAGAAAGGACAAUUCGACUCCUUUCGAGCUUGGUUCACCCGAACAAAAAGAAAACUCCCAAGGGCAAGACAAAGAGAAGCAAUUACUUUAUGAGACGAGGGUUAAGUCAAAUAAUUACCAAUCCAAACAACCGGAUGAGCUGAAUCCAGUUUCGAAUAUUAGACCAGGUAAGCCUGGCAAACAACCGGUUUCAGGAGAAGUGGGUGAGGUAAAGAAGCCGGAUAACCCCGGGUUCGACUCGGUGGGUAUUCGUAAAGAAGUCGAUUACCCCGAGAAAGAAGUCCUGGAACCAAAGGUUAGUGGGACACCAGAACCGACUGUCAGUGCUCCAGUUCAACCAAGUAUCCAUACUCUAUUGGAACCGAGUGUCGAUGAGACACUGGAACCGGGUGACAUUGAAAGAAAACCAACUGCUGGAACAGAGCUUCCAGGUGACAUUAGCGGGAAAGUAAUUUCAGCAAACACGCAAGUAUCGGUUGCAACGAGUACCCCGAGAUUCAGUGCCUUUCCUUUUGACACUCAAAGUUCAACAGAUGUUCAGCUUUUUCCUCCAACUUCACCUUCACCAUCAUUCUCAUCAUUAUCGUCAUCGUCGUUGCCAUCAUCGCCAUCAAUACCGAAGUCGUCAAAACCAGAAAUCACUUCCCCUUUUCCGUCAAACACCUUAGAAGCAUCAGUCAACUCCCUUACGACAAAGAAGCCAUCAGAAUCGCCUCAAAAAAGUAAAGAAGAAUAUUCGACUUCCAAUAAAACGACAACAUCACCCGAACCCCACGAGAGCCAUAUUCCCACCCAAGAGGAAACUGGCAUUAGCAGUAGCGGUCCUACCUUGGGAAUAACGCCUCGUGGAGGGACAGCUUCGUCCUCUGUAGUAACGGGAACGAGCCGGGGGACAAAAAUCCCUUCUCACGAUGACUCAACAACACAGGUUACUAAUACAGCGACAACUGUUGGUCCGUCAACGUACACUGUAUCUCCGGACAACGAAACGCCGAAAAGCAAGAAGAACUCAACGUCCUUACACACCAGUAGUCAAGCACCCACCACAGUGUCGUCAUCAUCAUCAUCAUCAUCAUCAUCAUCAUCAUCAUCAUCAUCAUCAUCAUCUUCAUCAUCAUCAUCAUCAUCAUCAUCAUCAUCAUCAUCAUCAUCAUCAUCAUCAUCGUCAACAACCCCAUUGACAUCAUUACCGUCAGCAUCACCACCAUUAUCACCGUCACCAUCAUCCCAUUCGUCCACAUCCCCAUCAUCAUCCUCAUCAUCA